CUACUCCCUUUUCACACCCCUGCAGCCUGUCACUCAAUUGGGAGGUGUGUCUGAAAGGGUGUAGGUAAGAUACCUUGAACACACACUGCCCAUUCCAUCAUCCUCACUCUGCUCUCUGACUCUUCUGCGAACAUCAUGAGCCCCUCUCUGUGUCUCCUUUCCACCCUACUACUCUGCUACUUCCAUGCCACACAGGGAGCCCCACCACCGCAGCAAGGUGAGUACUUUCUUCUGUGUCACUGUCCUCUCUAGUCCAUAAAUUGCAUAGUCUACUUUAGUUCUUAGUGACAAUUGAGAAGUAGACUAACUUAUAGGUAUUAAUUAAAGUGUCUCUAAGUGACCAAGCAUCCCCAUAGUUUAAAAAAAAAAUACUAAUUAAAAUGUAAAAAUGUGCAAUGCAUUGCACAUAAUUAAUAUAUUAUACAGGUUGAAAUGUUUCUAGAAUGCAAUAAACUACACAAUUUGAAAGAAUAGCUCGGAUGAUACUAUUGCUCCAAUACCAUAACUUUUAGAGUCAACUAGUCCAUGAGUACUUAAUAUUUUACAUUUUGUAAUUCAAAAGUUAUUACUCAGGUGCAAUUUCAGAAUGAAUAAAUUCUAUUGAUGCAUGUACUUUUUCUAAUAAAAGUAAAAAGAAAAGAAAAAAGUUGACAAACCGAUAUUUACUCAUUUUUAUACUCAGUAUUUCAGUAAUUCACAUUGCCAGUUAUUUGGAUAUAUUAUUAUAUUAUAAAAAUACAUGGUAAUCAGUUAUAUUAUUAUGUGAUAAGUCCAUUAUUUCAAAUAUUGCAUUGUGAGUAUAUUCAUUCAAGCACUUGCACUUUAAUUGUUUGGUUUUAACACUGUUUUAAUUGCUUUUAUCACAUUAAUUUUGUAUACUCAUAAUGCUCUUACAAUAGACUCAUUUAAUACACCUUAGCUUAUUUAGCACUAUUUAUUUGUCUCCCACAUUUGGAUUUAGCGUAGGACCCACCGAUAUUGGGGUACUGUGAAGUAGUGGAGGGCUUAACACAAUAUGGUCAUAUGGUGGAACUGAAUCCCCAUAUUUGGUCGUCCUAGAUAGGCGAAUUAAGUCGUUUUAUAAGAUUAUUAGUGUAUUUUUAUGUGUGCGCCGUAAUUUAAUUUGUAUCAUUAUUUCAGAUAUAACAUUUUUUCAGAUCCAAUACUUUACCAUGGUUGAUGUCACUACGUGCAUUAAGAACCAUAGUGCACAGUGUGAAUUACACCAUGCAGUGCAGGGGGUCCUAAUCCCACCACAGCCCUGGCACAUAUAUAUACUGGCAUGCCAAUAGCAGUGUGAAUUACAUUUCUGGCAAACAGUUGCAAUAUAUACGUUUCUACAAAUCCAGCUCCUGUGCCUAUAAUACUUUGCUAGGAGAUGGACUCGAGAAAAAAAACUGUGUGAUUUGGUCUUGCCUCAGCUCCUCUCCCAGCAUAUCAUUUUGAAGGUGGGUUGCAUUAAGGACAGCUGUCCCACCAAUCUUGGUUAGCCGUCUGGCAUGAGUGUCCCUUUCGAGCUUGUAGUUCAUUAUCUCCAGAACACCUCAGAGGCAAUAUUUUGUCAUGAUAUACACUUUCCCAAUAUAUACCCUAUAUCAUUUUGCAUUUAUCCACAUAAAAAUUAUGCAUUGGAAAUGCUAUAGAAAUGCAUUAAUACUUCCUCUUAGGAAUUUCGGGUUGUUUGAUAAGUGUGUAUUUUUAAAUGCUACAUAGAGAGUCUAUAAAUGAGUGGGUGUUUUUUAAAUCUGUUUGUAAAGAAAAAGUGGAUUAAAUGUAUUACAGUUUAAAGCAUUUAGAUUUUAUUGCCAAACAUCUAUAUGCUUUUGUGGUUUUCAACUUUUUUUUUUAUUAUUGUGGCUCUUUGCAAUGCUUUACUAUUUCAUUUGAGUUCUUACUUAUAUCAGUUGCCUAAAUUAAUGUGGUCAGAUGAUAAAAUAUCAUAAAAUAACAGUUUUUUGCUAAGUGACUAAGGUCAAGGUUUAGCAUGUUUGUCAGAGAAUUUUGGCUUCCAAAAUUGUUACUGCAUGCUUCUUACCCUUGGAUUAUUUGAAACAGGGUACCCUGUACUAGGCAACCAUGGCUUGUCAUGUACUACGAAUAAUCAUUGCAGACAGAUAUGAUUCAUUAGACUUGUGCAUGGCGAGAAUUUUUUUUUGGCAGAACCAUGUUUGCUUUUCUGGACUACCAAAUUUUAGCCAUAUGGCAGUUUGACUCGCUAGAAUUUUGGUAACGAAAAACUGAUUAAGAAAACAAAUCAGACACAACAAAAAAUAUAUGAAAAUGGGCCAAUCAAUUAACUGCAAAGUACAGUCCUAAUAUAAAUAUUAUGUACGCAUUUUGCAGUACACUGAUAGGAGCAUUUUUCCACCAUUUGGUUCCCAGGUUUAAUUUAGAACAAGUAGAGGGAAAAAGGAAUAAAAUAAAUUAUUAUAUCUAGAUAUUAUAUAUUUAUGAAAUUUAUAUAUCUAGAUAUUAUAUAUUUAUGAAAUGUGUAAUAUAUAAAUACAUUUUUACUGCUCCUCCUUUUUUCCCUCUUUAUGACAACUUUGACUUGAUCUCUAAAUAAAGUCAACUGUCCCCUAGGCAUCGAUCAUCUUUUUCCCAUCAGUCUUUUUUUGUCUUGGCCAUUGCGCGGUUUGUUUGUAUCGUGAUUUGGCAACAUUUUUGCUACAAGUUGAGAAAUUCUAACAAUCACACGAUCGGGGAAUUGCAGUUCAUAACGAAACAAAUCUCCAAGUCUAGGAUUCCUUUUUUUAAGAUUAUGUUACAAGGAGACUUAUAGCAGUCUAUUCACGGGAAUGGCAGUUUGAGAACCAAUUUUUUAAAUAUUGAAAGAUAGAUUUUUCGACCAGUUGAAGAUUUUUUUUUCAAUAUUGCUAGUUUGGCGUAAAUGUUUUACGUCAAUUCUAAAGUCACAACAAAUCUAAAUAUAUUACAAUCACAUUACCUGUGGGUACAAUUCUUAAAUGUCUGCUAAAAACUUAGCUUGACACAUGAAUAGUUCUGCCUGGCUUAGGUUUUUUUUAUUCAACAGGCUGAUAUAGGCUAGUGGUUCCAGUCCAAUCCUCAAGUUACACAAGCAGUUUGGGAUUUAAGAAUUUCCCUAUUCUGUUUCAGUGAAGAAAUUAACAAAACCUGAACCUUUGGUGUGCGUCGGGGUCUGGGUUGUAAACUUGUGAUCUAGGAAAAUUCUAUGCCAACUACAUGGAAAAUUUUGGAGACUUAGGUUGAGAUGGUAGUGUUUUUAUUUAAGUUUAAUUGGGAGUUUCCACUUAGCUGACUUUUCAUUCACAGGACAGUUAUAAAAGAUUUUAUAGUCAUCUCACUUUAGAACCUGUGUGCUUGUUUUUAUUUUCUAUUAAACAAAAAACAAAAACAAACAUACUUAACUAGUUAGUGGAAUUUGUAGCAAAUAGAGUGAAUAUUCUAAGUUGCACUCUAUUUUCUGUUACCAGCUGUAUCACAGCUGACAUUCUGAAAAAAAAGAUUUUUGACAAUAGGUAUACUACGUACAAGGUCAGCUGAACAAUCCAGUAACAACCUUUUCUCACCGCUUGUGUGGAAUGAGUGUGAUUGUUAUCGUUUUCAGAAUGAAAUACUAUCCAUGACACUGUUUCCGUAAGAUUUAUUAGGUAACAUUUUUACACUCCUGCUGUGGAAGGUGGCAAUCUUACCAGUGAGAGACACUUGUUUUCUCUCAACAUCGAUACUGAAGUUCACGUUUAGUUUUCCUAUAUCAGUUGUGAAUCAAAACCAUAGUCUCUCUUUGCAGAAGCUGAACGGACUCAAAGUCAGCUUUUGGUUUUAAGGAGACAAAAUAAUAUUUAACCUAAAGACUACACUUCAUUCUAUGAACAUUUUUAAGGGGUAUUUAAAAAUGAUGUGAUGAGUUAUUUCCAAAGAAGAAAAAUGCUAUAUUUAAAGUUUAGAAUUCAUUUAAGUACAAGGUGAUACUUUCAUGGUACAAAACAGGUCAAAUAUGCAUAUAUUAAGUAUUUUGAAAAUAUGAUGCAUCUUCCUAGCAUAUGAUUUUGGCUAAUACCUGUGUAUACAUGCAUCAUAAUGGGCAUACACUCGACUAGUUGUCCAGGACAUAGGCAAUUCUUACUUGUAUUCCAAAGAGAAUGCUGACAAAACCUGGAGCAUUGGGGUACCGAAGAAAACUAAACAAGUGUAUAUAGAUAUUGAAGAGUAAACGGGAGUAUGUUGACAGCCAAGUUUUAAAAUCUAGCUCGAAUAUUUAUGUUAGAGAACAAAUCACCAUUAAGCAAGACUAAGAAGAUUUAUUUUUCCUGAAUACUGUUUUGGACUAGAUUUCCAAACAGCGCUAUCAACUCACAUACAUUGCUGUUUAAUAAAUAGACCCCUGUGUACAACUUGACACAUUACACAGCAGAGGUAUCCAAUCAUAAAUGCAAUCAGAAUGUCAUUAAAAAAAGAAAAAGCAAAGUUUUUUUUACGUUUACACAAAUAUAUCUUUAAUAAUAUAGAGCUUUAAGAAAAUUGUGAUAGUUUUAUAUCCUAAACUGAAAUAGGAUGUUUAAAAAAACCUGAAUUUUUAUUUGUUUGUAACAAAGAUUCAGCAUAAACGAAUAUGGCAAACAAAUGACUAUGUAGAAUGACUAUAAAUGUGCUAAAUAAUGUUUUGAUUUAUUUGAGAUUUAAAUCAAGCUUGUAUAAGUGUGCAUUGAUGAAUUGCUGUGUUGUAGUAUCUUGGCAUUUUGUGAAUGUCCUCAGUUAUGCUCCUAAUUCUCAUUUCACAAAUUAUCUCCCCGUGAUCUCAUGCCUUUUAAGAGGGCUUUCGGAAAAAAAGCUAAAUAUUUCACCCAUAUUAUUUUUACCUCAUUAUCAAUCAGCCCAUUUCUGUUGAUGACUGUCAUUUCCAGAAUCUCCUUAUAUCAAGGUAGGCUACAUCUCUCCCGAUGCUUUUCCAGCAUUAUGGCUGUAAGUACAUUAUGGGAGAUGUAGGCCACAACAUCUGGAGUGGUGAAGGUUGCGUACCACUGCUCUAUAUACUUCCCCACUGUUGGUAAUUUUCUAUCUCUGUAUGUUAGUCUCCUUUCUAUUAUUGCCUCAUCCACCACCAAUAUAACUAUUUAUAAACUGUCUGAGUGACAAAAUCUGGGCUUCAGCCAUAACCAAAUGAUAAAUUAUCAGUCCAAAAUGACACAAGCAAUUUGUACAUAACGUUUACUCACUGCAUUGAUUUCUCAGGCACUAAUAGGAAUAGUAAUAUCACACACCGCCAAAUAAAUUCUGUGUUAUGAACAUAGAAAUCCAUUUUCCAGCAGUCAGUAAGACAACAUGAUUUAUCCAGAAUAUCUGUGAAAUGUCCCUUCUGUGGGCUCCAUAACUUUUUGCUCUGUCUGUCUAUCAAGUUUCCUCAGUAUCUUUUUUCAGUGCUCUCCAAAUUCCCUGAUUUAUGUACUCUACAUUCUAUUUGUCUCUCUUAGCUCACCUUUUCUGACUCAAAGUCCAUUCUUUUGCUGUUAGUGCAUGCAUUUACCCUGUGGUCAGGCUUAGCACCGGAAAUUCCGUUAACACUACACUCACAAACUGUGAGCUGGAUACAUAUGCUUUGUUUGCCAAAUACAUAUAGUGAACAGGCCUCAUGUUUGACAACCCUGGAAAACAAAACAAACUGCUGUACAUAUCAAUAUUAGUUAGAGAGACCAAAGAAACUAGACACAACAUUUUCCUUGAAUAUGCAUAACGCAGAGUGGCAUUCACAAAUUUCCAUCCAUAGACCAGCAUAGGCCAUUUCCAAUGUUUCAAUAAUCAUGAAGAAAUUUGGACCAGGCACAUAUAGAUGAUGUUUAGGCAGAUUUUAUUGGAAAACCAUACAACAUUUUGGCUCCCACAGUAGCUUGAUAAAGAAACAUUUUAUGCCUAAACACCAUAUAUGUGUGUCCAAUCCAACUUUCUUCAUGCAAAAAGAAUUCUAAAAAUGCCUAUUUAUGAUCACUAAUACUGGUACUAUUGAUAUCAAUGGCAACCAACCCAAGUAUUCUGGAUUCAAACAAAUAUGGGGUCAAUGUCCAAAGAUAAAUGAACAGUCUCAUCAAAUUAAAAGGGUUAAAAAAAACCGAUAACUUGGUUUUUUAGAAACUAAAUUAAAAUGUGUUAUCUGCCUGAACAUGCAGUAAUCAAAUUGUAAGGACUGUUUUAGAUUCUCAUCAACAUAGUGCAAUAGUCCAAUUUAACAUUUUAUAGUGCAUGAAUAAUUCAGUUGACACUAUGAUAUGUGACUCAUUAUUUGCUGUAUCAAGGAUGGAGUUAAAGUCCUAAAUACUUAUGGAUGUCCGAUGGUAAAUUAUAGGGCAUAUUUACAGAAAUGCGCCUAAUGACCUCUGACAGAUGUCAAUAAUGACUCAUAUGGUUUCUUGAAAUUGUUAAUUUAUUUUUUCUUUGCCUUUAUCCAAAAAAGGUCCCAAUUGCAGGACUCGUCCGACUGACUUGGUGUUCAUCAUAGACAGCUCUCGUAGUGUACGCCCCUCUGAAUUUGAGCAAGCCAAAGUCUUCCUUUCCCAGGUUGUUGAGAGUCUGGAUGUGGGUGCCAAUGCUACAAGAGUUGGACUCCUCAACUAUGCUAGUUCAGUCAAAAAUGAAUUCUCUCUCAAAACCCAUAAAACUAAAGCCUCUCUUCUUCAAGCUAUCAAGAAAGUCCAGCCGCUGUCUACUGGAACUAUGACAGGGCUUGCCAUUCAAUUUGCCAUAAACCAUGCCUUCACUGAGGCUGAGGGGGCACGUGUGAGAUCUCCUGACAUCAGCAAGGUGAGAAAAGUAAAAAGAAAAAAUAAUGCUACAUCUUAAAGUAAUUUUUAUUAAGCAUUUUUAGAGUAAUUAUAAUUAUGAUAUAUGUGUAAACAUUAUAUAAUAUGCUUAUGAUACUUAUUUGGAUUAUUUUAUGGCUCUCUAUGCAAAUCUACAUAACUUUCCCUAUGAAAACACCUAUUCCUGACAGGCAUAUCAGCUUUGAUAAAAUAUUUUCUGACUCUAUUAUUAAAUUAUCGCCUUCUAUUAAAUUAUCUCCUUCUUCACUUUAAUAUGUCACUCAAGAAGACUGGAAAUUAUAUUCUAUAUGGACUUGUUUAAUUUGAUUUGUUGAAGGUGAAAUGGAAAUAUUUUUUUAAUUAUUACCUAUGCCUUUAAAACAAAAAGAAAAACUAUAUUCAUGUAUUUAAAAACAAGAAUUAUAUAUAUAAAUAAACACAAUAUACAAAAAAAAGAAACCCAAAUAACAGCUGGAUUCAGAGAUAAACAUAAAUGUUAUAUAAAUGUUACAAAUCAUGUAAAAUUUCCAUCAAUCAGUUAGAGAAAUCUAUGAUGGCAAUUGGAGUAGUUUCCAGGUUGGGAAUGACUCAUUACAGACAUUAAUGCAAUGAAGACAUCUAGGUUUAAACAGAUAGUUCAGAAUACAGCACUAAAAUGUACAUUUCUUGACCCUAGUAAAAAAACAGAUCCAUAAAUGUCACAAUCAAUGUUGGGAAUAAGUGGCCUUCUUCACUUUAAUAUGUCACAAUUAUCACAGUAUUCUGGGUAAAUAGUUAAUAUUACAAGCUUGCAGAACACAAAGUAAUAAAUUAUCACCAUUGAUCUGAGUGAAUCUCUGGUACUCAGGAUGUUAAAUUUGACUUUUGUCCUCUUUUUGGACAUUUAGCUAAGGAAAUGCAUUUGUGAUAAGGUAGAAUAGAAACCUGCCAGAGGUGUUAUCUGCAGGGAUUUCCAAAGCACAGCAUGUGGGCCCCAUAUAAGGUGUAGGGUAACGGGCUUUCACGUCACACCAUAUUCAGAAACACACAGACUAUUGUGAGGCAAACACUGCCACUGAUUUUAGUUACAUUUAAAUGUACCACAGCAAUCUUUCAUUUCACAAAUUGUAAAACAAAGUAAAAGCAUUGCAUACAUGUGUAGAAAACAUGUUUCAGGUUAUAGUCACAAUUAAAUGAAGUACAGAGUGUGGUUAUGAGGGAUAAGGAGUCUGGUAUAAAAACGUGGUUUUAUAGAUGGUUCUGAUAGGGUUCUCCACUAUAAAAAAAUUUUUCAGGGUGAAUCAAAAUGGCUUUUUAAAGUUGUCUUUCGUUGAGCAUCAAAGUCAUUUUCAAACUAUUAAUUUGGUAACUAAAAAAAAAACAGAAGGUCGCCAUCCCAAUUCUUACAACACCAAUUUGCAUGUUGCAAAUUAGAUACCUGCUUACUUAUACAUGCACUUCAGGGAUGUCUAUCUUUACUUAAAAUGUGCCUAUAAAAGGACCCUUUAUUCCUUAUUAACUUAUCAGGAACGGGAACACAGCAAAAAUGAUUAGACCAAAGAGGCUGGGGACUGACUGUGAACUGCAUUUGAUUUGUAUAACUGCAGCCACUCCAGAUGGAUGCAAUUAGCAAACCAGCAGCCUUCUGGAGUGACCAGACAUAUCUGCUCCUCUUGGUGCCAUCUGAGGAAAUGAUCUGUAGUUGCGUUUGGAGUUUGCUGCAUUACUUGUAUUGAUGCAGGAGUAAUGACAGACAUGAUUAUUCACCAAAGUAGCAAUUCAAAGUGAAUUCAAACUGCAUUUCUAAUUUAAGACCAAAAUGGAAUAUCUGGAAGUAUAGCUGACUUAGCGCAGCUAUAUUUUCCUUGCAUUUUCACUUAAGUGAGUAACCCAGUAUGUGUGUAUCAUGAACAGCUGUCAUUGCAGGUUCUCGUGCAGCAUUCUCCGAGUGAUGGGAGUAAACAGGAAGCUGAAGAGAUGCAAUGUCACUUCCUCUUCACCCAUUAAUAGCCUCUUUUAAACAGCAAAUGCUCUGCAGGAAGGAGCAAUUAUUACUCUGUACCACUAACAUUAUACUUCAGCACCUCCAUAAUUCUAACUACCUCAACCCUAAAUGUAACCCCAUUCCUAAAUACAAAUCUAAACAAACAUUUUUGUCUAACUUUAACUUGUAACACCAAAUAAACAUUUUAUUUUCAAUUCUACUUAUCCUAAAUUUAACAUAUUUCUAAACCGAAAACCCCAAUAUCCAGACAACCUGCUAAUCCCAAACAACUUAACUCUAGAGACUCAAUUUACCAAAACUCACACUAAUGAUAAGUUUGAAUUCUGUCUAAACCCUUUAACCCUUAACGUAUCCUUUACCCUCAUAUUAAUUUAAAACCCUUUACCUAUGUGUAUGUUUUAUAAGGAAAUACUUUUUCUUUGCGGGUCGGGGCAGGAUUAGAGGGGUGUCUUAAAAUUCUGGGCAUACAGCCCCUUGGUCCCCUUAUCCCACACUGGACUAUUCUUAGUAAAAAAGCAAUACAAAUAUUUGAGGACUGGACGCCAUUGUACUGCAUAACCUAUUGCAUAAUAUUGGACAGAGUGUUCACGCCCAAUUUCUCAACCACCCCUAGGUACCAGGAAGGGAUUCCAAAUAAGAGUUAUUAUCCCAUUCUGGUAAGCACACACAACAAAACAGUAACAACAAAGAAAAGCUUAAGAGUUUCAUCUGACAGUUUGAAACUUUCACUCAUUCUGCAGUUGAUUUCACCACAGUGGAAUACUAUAUCUCUGUGAGUUAUGCAAUGUGAACCAUGAAAACAUAAUUUAUAUAUAUAUAUAGCUAUGUUACAAGAUUAAGAACAGAGGCUUCUUCCAUAUGAUGGUAACGUAGGCAUGAAUAGAUGAAGAAUUUGGCCAUUGCAUACAAUUUUUGCUGAUGGCCACAUCCUGUCCACUUCUCAAUUUAUUCUUUAGCAAAAUAUCUAUGUCUUCUGACAUUGUAUAAGUGAACUGCAAAAUCGAUGCAGCUUUAUUCCAGAGAAUCCUUUAUAACAUGGGUGUUAUAGGAACAUGUUAUAUGAACAUGUUGAAGAUACAGUAAUAGUCCAGUGAAGACUGACGGAGAGUGUGUAUGUAGAGAUAAAUAACAGUGAGAUGUUGUAUUCACACCUCACCCAUGAUAUUUCCACCUUUUUGUAAAAUUACAUUUUAUUGAGCUUUUCCGAUUUACACUACAUGCCUAACACAUUGCAAGUACAAAAUUUAUAUUUGAUAUGUAAGAUGUCAACCCCUUGUGGCAAAACUAAUGAAUAGAGAGUCUCAUUGCAAGAUCUGUUUAAAUGUUUUUAUUUCUCAUAAAACAUUUGACACCGCUAAAGUAUUAGGUAUAUUAUGUAAAAAAAAACCUGAAAAAUAUUUAUACUAAAUCAAAUUUUAAUAUCAGGUUGUUUCAUUAGAAAAUAUGGAAACUUUUAAGGGAAGUCAAAAAGGAAGGAUAUGUUCUAGACUAGAGGGAAGUUAUUAGACACAUUUUGUGUGAAAAGUAAAAUCUAGAUUGAAAAGGUAAAAAUUUUAAUUUUUUAUUAUGUCCUGGUCCCAAGGUGGCUAUUGUGGUAACAGAUGGCCGUCCCCAGGAUGGAGUGAAGGAUAUUUCUGCAAGAGCUAGGGAGAGUGGAAUAGAGAUAUUUGCCAUUGGAGUGGGACGUGUGGAUUUGAACACCUUGCGUCAGAUUGCUAGUGAAAAACUCGAUGAUCAUGUGGAUUACGUAGAAAGCUAUAGCGUUAUUGAAAAAUUAAGCAAGAAGUUCCAAGAGGCUUUUUGUGGUGAGUCAUUGAUACUGCUGUUUAGUAGCACAGCUUGAUGUGUGCAAUAUAUGUAUAUAUGUGUAUUCUCAUACAUAUAUAUAUGCACACACACAAUAUGCAUUAAUGUUCUCCUUCUUUUUUAUUGUUCAAGCCAUGGCUGACCUCUGCUCCAGUGGGGAUCACGAUUGUGAGCAAAUAUGUGUCAGCACCCCAGGUUCAUACACUUGUGCAUGCAGGGAUGGGUUCACGUUAAAUGAAGAUGGAAAGACCUGUAAUGGUGAGCUAUAUUAAAGUAGAAAUAGAAGAUAGAAUCAAACCAUGCAUGCUCAUGAAAACGAGUAAGACUGAAUUCGUAAGGAAAAAAAUUAUUUUCAGAAUACACAUGGCAAACGGAAAAUGUAUUUAAAACAUGAAGAUGUAAGCAUAUUAAUAGAUCCAUUGGCCAAAAAAAUAAGACCAGAAUAGCUCCACUAUUCAAUCCAUUGAUCCUGUACUUUGGAAAGGUGCCUGCCAACACAGACUGUUAUUCAACUAAGGUGCUAUCCAAGUAAAAAGAGAAAGAAAGACUGUUGAGAGAGGAUAAAUGGCUGGUUGUGGUAAGUAAAAUAGCAGAACAAACAAAUGCAAAUCCUGGAAAACAAGAAGAGAAAAGUCACUGAAGCACACAAAAAAUUGGUAAGAGGUGUGAGAAUGUGAUGAAUGUCAGAAUGAGACAUUGUCAAGAAUUCCAGAAAUCUUUAGGAAACCCUGGAUAAUGUAAGAGUCUGAAAAUGAAUGGUCAUAAUAAAGGAAUCUGGUUAUGUAUUGGCAAGUAUGAAAGGAUAGAUAUUACCUUUAUCCAAUUUCAUCCUGGUUCCUCUAUGAAGAAAAGUAAAGAUAUUAAUAACUUGUUUCCAUUCUAUUUAGCUUGUGGAGCCUCUGCCAUCGACCUGGUGUUUUUAAUUGAUGGAUCCAAGAGUGUACGCCCAGAAAAUUUUGACCUUGUCAAGCAGUUCAUCAACCAGAUUGUAGAGUCUGUGGAUGUGGGUGAGAAGAAGGCUCACGUGGGCCUCGUCCAGUACUCCAGCUCAGUCAGACAGGAGUUCCCACUGGGAAGGUACAAUAGCAAGAAAGACAUUAAGUCAGCAGUGAAAAAAAUGUCCUAUAUGGAGAAGGGCACCAUGACAGGCCAGGCUAUCCAGUACCUUAUUGAUAACAGCUUUGCCAUAUCCAGUGGGGGAAGACCAGGUGUUGCCAAAGUUGGCAUUGUUUUUACUGAUGGACGCUCACAGGAUUACAUCAAUGAUGCUGCCCUCAAGGCCAAAGAACUGGGUAAGUUGGUCUAGUGUCAAAGGUACAUAGAGUUUCAUGACAUUUUUCUUAGCUUCAUAAAUGUGAGAAAAUAUCAUGUUCAAUUGUAAUACAACAGAAAAAUAAAACAUUGUUAAUUAAGGAGCAUAUCAUAAAGAAAAAUAUAAGGUUUGGGCAUAACACCAAGAGUAAAACAUUCACACUCAACGUGAAUUAAAUAAUGUAGUUAAAACCAAGUUUAUAUCGAAAUUGAUUUAAAACAAAACAAACAAAAAAAAAAUGUACUCUAGGAAUAGAGAGAACACCAAAAAAGUGUUAAGAUAUUGUGAAUUAAACAAGCACACGUCAGAAUGUGCAGACUAUCUACUCUAAAAUUCAACUAAUUAGAUGCAUAAUUUUCCAUUUAUGCAUAUAAUAUAAAAAUUAUAUUAAUGGAGUUGUGAAUUAGCAGUUUUCAAGUAAUGCAUAUCAAAAGAUAAUGACUCACUGUAUUCACAACUGAGAGAAACUUUAUCCUGAAAUUUAAAUGUAAAUGUUAUAUUUAAAUUUAUAUAUGUAUAUAUAAAUCAUAGGUGUUCCUUUGAGAUAGAAUUGGACAACUGCAAAAUUGCAGUUUUACUCUCAAACUAAAUGUUAGAUCCGUGAAAAAACAGUAAUGAGUACUUAUUCUCUACAUUUUCAGUUGUUGAAAAUCAUUCCUUAUGAUGCUUUGUCAUCCAUUUGCUGUAGAUAAUGAUAUAUAUUGAUGAUUCACAUUCUGAGUCAAUUAAAAUAAUGUUUUAGCGAAGUUCAGGAAACUUACUUUAUCUGUUAAUGAGUGGGAUGGUUUUGAAAUAUUGGACUCCCCAUCGCUUCUCUCUUUUUUAUUUAUCUUCUAGAAGUUUUCUUUCAUUGACUCUAUUAGUAAUUUAUCUGUUUAAUUUAAAAAAAAAGUAAAUGUUAUGCUUUUGAUUAUAAUUUGUUUAUUAUUUUCUACUUUCUUUACUAUUCUCUUCUGUAUGCCAUAUACAUUUUGAAAACCAUUAAAAUAUUUUAUAGAAAAUAAAAAAUAAAUUCACAGCUGACUUUUGACUAUUCCAUAGGUUACAAGAUGUAUGCUGUAGGUGUAGGCAAUGCUGUGGAUGAAGAAUUGAGAAUGAUUGCUUCAGAGCCAGUGGCUGAACAUUACUUUUACACUGCUGACUUUAAGGCUAUGAAAGAGAUUGGCAAGAAACUGCAAGUUAAGAUUUGCGUCGGUAAGUGCCAAUAAUAAGCCAACAGACCCCAUAAGAAUUGGAAUGUUGUGUUACUGCCGAAUGGAAAGUAAUGACUGCAUUAUGAAAGCAUGUAAAGAAUUGAGUUGAAUAACCAGUGGAUAUCUUCUUUGUUUUUCACCAGAGGAGAACCCAUGUGAAUGUGAAUCCAUUGUCAAGUUCCAGACAAAGGUGGAGGAGCUUAUCCAGUCACUUACAAAGAAGAAUAUCCUUUUUUAUAUAAGAUGAGCAAAGAAGGCGUUAUCUACUUUUUAGAUUUGAUAGAUCUGUGUAGUUGCAUUCAUAGAUUAAAGUACAUAAAACUAGAGAUACCUUAUACAUAUAACACUAACAGAAGCCAUCUUAACUAUUGGUCUCAUGAUUUUGAUGACCAGUUGGGUGAGAUGUAUUGUUUCUAGGGCAGUGUUUCCAAAACCAGUCCUCAAGACCCACCAACAGUCCAGGUUUUUGUCAGUAUCUCCAUAUGAAAACAGGGAAAUAUAUAAAUCCCGGACUGUUGGUGGGUCAUGAGGACUGGUUUAGUCAAAUAUUGUUCCAGGGGAUUUAAAGGAGAAGUAAAAUUGGUUAUGCAGGUUACACCUCAAAUGCUGUUGAUUUUUAAAAUAGUCAUCAACAUAAAACCUUUCUAAAACAAUCAGACUGUAUUUUAAACAAAAUAAUCAUCUAUAAGUGGUUUUGAUGCAUGAUUCUAUUAAGACAUAUCUGCUAAUCUUCCCUGUUCAACUUCUGGGUUCUUUGUGGUCAGUGGAUGUAAAGUGGCUAUAUAGAGUGGACACACUGACUGACAGCCUGUCCCUUUAAACAUAUUAUGAACAGAGCACUGCUUAGGCAAUCUAGUCCCUAGUUCCCUUCUGUAUUUUGAAAUCUCCUGGCAGAUUUUAAAAUGCAAGACAGGACACCCUGACUUAAUUUGGCAGGUACAGUAGCCCAGUCUGUCCCGGCAUAUUCGGUAAUGAUGGCACCUAUGUUAAGGACAUUCUUUGGGUCUGGGAUUAAAAAAAAUAAAUAAAAAAAUAUUAUUAUUUUAAAAUAUUAAUAUUAUAUUUAUUAAAUCUGCACCUCACCGAGCAGAACUGUGUGAAAGCUGGAGGAUUAUAUCCCUCCUGUUAUUUUACAGGAACAAUCCCCAAUACAAUUGGGGUCUUUCUAGUGAAUGGCUGCCCAGUUGCUAGUUUUACAUUUUAUUUUUUUUGUAUUUUUUUUAAGUUUUAUAUUUUUUUAAAAUAUAUAGAUAUAUGUAUCUAUAAGAUGUAUUUUUUAUAUUUUCACAUUUUCAAAAAAUAAUUGUAAAUAUUUACCCAAAAUUAUGAAAUCAUUUGGAAAUCUUAUUCAACAAUAUCAAAUUGAGGACAAAGUGAGAAAAAGUAACCAACAGAGGGAAAAAGAGGGAAUAUAUAUUAAGUAAGUAGAUAAUAAAUAAAUAUAGAUUUAUGUAUUUUUUUACUGCUCAUUCUUCCCUCCUUUGGUAACUUCUCACUUGAUCUGUGUAUAAAAAGUACAUGUCCUCUGCAGACCUGCAUGUAGUGGUUCCAAACACUGAAAAGCUGACAUUCGCACUUUAUAUAGAGUAGGUUACAAAACAACAGCUUAUAUUUUACCUCUAUAGGUAACGGUAGAUUUAAACUAUUUCAAUAAAUAUUGGAAUAAUUCACACCAUUCUGGUAGUUCAGUAAUUUAAUGUGAAAGCAAUUUUUGCAAUCCAGAUAUCUUUCUUUAACUUAUUGCUUACUCGAAGCAGUAUCAAAAAGAAUCACUGCCCUGGAGAACAAGAUCACUGUGUGAGCACAUCACUCUCUAUCAAUAAAGGAUCACUAUCACAGGACUCAUGUGCUCUUCACCAUCACCUGAUGAUGCUACCGUUGAUCAUAACCCCUUUCUCUGCACUUCUGCAUUGAUAAUCUGAAUUGGGCUGCCAGCAACAUGCAUGGAAUAUAAAACCUAGUGGUUAUGGAAUGUAUUGCAGCCUGCAAAAUAUAUUGUAAACAACAUCUGUAUGGCAUAACUAAAGAAAUAAUACACAUGUAAACAUACAACUAAAGUUCUCUGUUCAUAAAUACUAAUACACAUACAAACAUCAAUCUAUAUAUAUUAAUAUGUAGCAACAUAUCAAACAUACAGGUAUUUGUACACAUAUGUAUAUAUAUAUAUAUAAAUAUUUAUAUAUAUAUAUAUAUAUAUAUAUAUAUACAUACAUAUCUAUCUAUAUCUAUAUCUAUAUAUAUAUAUAUUUAUAUAUAUAUAUAUAUAGAGAGAGAGAGAGAUCUGUAUAUAUAUAUAUAUAUAUAUAUAUAUAAAUCUGUGUACAAGGUUCCAAAUCUAUACAUAUAUUGCUACUAUAUAUUUGACAAUAUUUGUGUGAGUGCUGCAUGUGAUAUUCAGUAGCCUAGAAAGAGCUGAAAUAUAUAUAUAUAUAUAUAUAUAUAUAUAUAUAGUUCAUAUACACUAUGUGGUUAAUAUUUUGCAUCAGCCACACUUCUCUUGGCUUUCUGGCUUAAUACAAUGGUUGGAGGUUAGGUAAAAACCUUGUUUUUGUUGAUGGACCAUGAACAUUUAACUUUGUUAAACACCCAAGUCCAAAAGAAAUGCACCAAGCUGUUUUCACACCUCCAGAAUACUGUAUGUACUACUCCAUUCACAAUAUUACAUUAUUUAAUAUAACAGUCAGAAAUAUACCUGUUCUUUUAUUAACGCUCUGCCUGAAUAUUCUCCAUGUGUAGACUGGAAAAUGAAAGACAAUGGGUUACUGACAUAACUCCAUAUGUGUGUGCUUGUAUAUAUGAUAUAUGAAAGAUUUACAUAUAUACACCUACAUACACAUCAAUAUAUAUUUGUUAAUAUAGCCCACGCUAAUGUUUUGCUGUUCAAUAAUAAAAACUUAAUAUAUACGUGUAUAUAUAUAUAUAUAUAUAUUAUAUAUAUUUGUUGGGGGGGGGGUUGUUUUUUUUAAGUCCACAUUCCUAUGUGAAUCGUAUGUUCUGCUUUUCAAAUAAAUUAAUUUAAUUGUUAGAAAGAGGUCAUUAUAAAAAUUAAAAAAAAAAUUAAAAAAUGUGUGCAGUAAUUAUUUUUGAUCUAUUAGUGCAACAUCAACAGUGGCCACAAGUGGGAGCUCUCUAGGUCUUUGUUCACCAUUAUUAUUAUUAUUAUUUUAUUAUUUAUAUAGCGCCAUCAGAUUCCGUAGCGCUGUACAAAGGGUGGACUAACAGACCUUUGAUUGUAACCAGACAACUCGACGUACAGGAACAGAGAGGUGGAGGGCCCUGCUCAAUGAGCUUACAUGCUAGAGGGAGUGGGGUAUAGUGACACAAAGGGUAAAAGUAGGGGUAUGAAGUAAGUAGUUAGAAAAAUAUAAGCUGAGGGCUUAGUAGGUCAUUUUUGACGACAGUUGCAGGAGAGGAGUCAUGGACGGUGGAGGAUAAGUUUAUAGCUAAACCAUAAGUUUAUAGCUGUCCAUUCUGAAGAACAUAGAGUAUGAAUAGUUAAACAAAUUAUAGUUACUGACAUUGUAUACUACUAUUGCGUAUAGCAAUAAUUCUUAUUGUGACCACAAUAUAUUUCCAUCUAUCACACACACAAUCUAAAAUUGAGCAAUACUUUUGGAAUUUAUUGUACUUUUCUUAUCAAUAAAAUAGUAAAUAGUAAAAUACAAUUCAUACAUUAAUGUUGAACCUUCUUUGCUUUAUUAAUAUAGUAUGUAAUAAUAUAAUUUAUAAGUCUCUGUUAGUAAUAUGAAGAAAAGCAUAACCUAUUGUACAACUGAAUCUUUGAGCUUAACCUUUUAAUUGACACUCAGAGUGUCACCCUGUUCUUAUCAGUAGUUUUGAUCCCCAUAGACACUUUGUGAGUCUACCUUUUUAAUUGAAUUGGCACACCACAGAUAUAAAUCUCUGAUCACCAAAUUCAAAUGACAUAUUAAACAAUCUUUAUGCAUAAUAUUGUAUUUUGACACAGUGGAUUUCAAGAUCAAUUAUUUGAAGGAUAUAUUUUUUUUAAAGAAAUUCUUUAAGUAUUUAUUCCACUAACAUGGAGGCU